AUGAGGUUAUCGGAUGGUAACAGGUAUGAUUUGGAUGACAAGGAAGAAGAGGAUGAUAAGGAAGAAGAGGAUGACAAUGAUGAAGAUGAUAACUUGGAUGGUAUUGGUAACCUCAGUGAUGAUGAUGAAUCUAAUGAUGGGAUGGAUGAUAAGGUUGUAUUCCCUGUCCAUGAUGAGAAACAAGAAUGGGAUAAGAUGGUGCCAGUUAUAGGUAUGAAGUUUGCUAACCCAAUGCAAUUGAAUCUAUGUGUAACCAAUUAUGCAGUGAAGAAUGGGUAUGAUUUAUGGUAUGAAAAAAGUGAUCAUAACUGGUUACUGGUGAAAUGUUGCAAAGCCUGGAUGACCAAUGAAAGGUCAUUCCAGAUUAAAUCUUUAAUUGAUAACCAUAAUUGCUCAAGAGUCUUCAAAUUUGGGUUCAUUGUUAGCUAUAAAUGGAUAAUGAAUCAUUUCAUGAUUGAGAUACUCCAGAAACCAAAGAUGAGUGUGAGGAAAUUAAAGGCUAAAGUUAGCAAGAGAUUUAAUUUGAAUGCAAGUGUGGGACAGUGCAAAAAUGCUAGGAGGUAUGCAUUUAAGGAGAUAGAGGCUACUUUAAAGGAACACUAUGCUAAAACUUGGAGCUAUGGAGAGGAGCUAAGAAGGACUAACCCUGGAUCAACAAUGAAGAUGGAUGUGGAUGUGAUGCCUGGUGGAACCACUUACUUCUCAAAGUUCUAUGUAUGUUUAAAGGGUGUGAAGGAUGGAUGGAUUCAAGAUUGUAGGAGGGUAAUUGGACUACAUGGCUGCUUCUUAAAAGGAAUUUGCAGAGUGGAGAGUAAAGAAACAUGGAAGUGGUUUGUCGACCUUAUCCUUGAUGACAUUGAAAUGGGAAAUAGGCAUGGAUUGACAUUAAUAUCAGACCAACACAAAGGAUUACUUGAGGCUGUCAAGGAAAGGGUGCUUGCAGCAGAGCAUAGACAAUGUGCCAGACACAUAUGUGCUAAUUUUUUGAAAAAAUUUAAGGGGAAACAAUUCAGUAAACUUAUUUGGUAUGCUGCUGCUUCUACUACCCAGGCUAAAUUUAAGCAGCAUAUGAAUGAAAUCAAGAAGCUAGAACUACUUGCCUAUGAUCAUCUGAUGGAGAGGGAUCCUAAAACUUGGAGUAAAGCAUUCUUUGAGAUUGAUAGGGCAUGUGAUGCAUAUGAAAAUGGUGUAUUUGAGAGUUUUAACUCAGUCAUUGAUGAUGCCAGGAAGAGACCUCUAAUAACUAUGUUAGAGGAAAUUAGAAUUUAUGUUAUGGAGAGACUUUGUAUACAGAAAAGUAAGGGAAGUUCUUUGGGAGACUUACACAUAUUUCCUUCCAUUAGACUAAAAUUGUCUAAGAUUAAGGCACUUCAAAGAUUUUGGAGAGUUGUAGCAUCUGGUUAUCAAGAAUUUGAAGUGAGGCUUGGAUAUGAUGCAUAUUCUGUAGACCUUGGUAAGAAGACAUGUGCAUCUAAAGCUUGGCAAUUAACUGGUUACCCUUGUGUGCAUGCAUAUGCUGCCAUUUCAAACCUCAAUAGGGAUCUAGAGGACUAUGUAUCUCCAUGGUUGACGACAACAAUGUCUGGUAAUGCAUAUAUGUACACCAUUAAGCCACUCAAUGGCAGUGAUAUGUGGUCUGAUGUUGAUUACAUCAAACCAUUGCCUCCCAAAAAUAGAAGGAUGUCAGGAAGACCAUCAACAAAAAGGAAAAGGGAUCAAAUUGAGAGAGAACUAAAGGGCAAUAAGCAUACAGUCUCAAAAAGGGGUAUGGUCAUGAGAUGCAACAUCUGUAGGGAAACAGGGCAUAAUAAAACCAAAUGUCCUUAA